AUGGACAAUGAGGUAGAUAGUUUUGUAAAACACUGCCGGGGUUGCCUUCUAGUGUCAGCACCUAAUCCACCAGAGCCAAUGAAACGUCAUGAAUUACCAAAUGCUCCGUGGGAAGACCUUGCUAUCGAUUUUUUGGGACCUUUACCCGAAGGUCAAUACCUUUUUGUUGUAGUCGAUUAUUAUUCAAGGUAUUACGAAAUCUGUGAAAUGGUAUCAAUCACUGCUGAAGACACCAUCAGAGAGUUGAUAGUUAUUUUCAGUCGUUUCGGAAUUCCUCUUUCUUUGACCGCCGAUAAUGCUCCACAGCUCAGCGAGGAAUGUGAUGCAUUUGCUAAUUUCUGCCAUACUAACGGAAUUAAGCUUAUUAAUACGAUACCUUACUGGCCGCAAAUGAAUGGCGAGGUAGAAAGACAAAAUCGUACUAUUCUUAAACGUCUGCAAAUUGCCCAAGAGCUCGGUCAUAACUGGAAAGAUGAGCUUCAACGAUUCCUUUUAACAUAUAGAGCUUCGCCUCAUACAACGACUGGGAGAUCCCCUGCUGAACUUCUGUUUGGCAGAAAGAUAAGAACGAAAAUUCCUCAAUUAGCCAACGCCCGAAUGGUAGAGGACGAAGCAGUAAGGGAUCGGGAUCAUUUUCAAAAAGCUAAAGGGAAAGAGUACAGUGACGAAAAACGUUUGGCUCGAGAACGACCGAUUUCAGAGGGAGAUCGUGUUCUAUCAAAACGCAUGAGGAAAGACAACAAGCUCAGCUCAGAGUACACUAAUGAAGAAUUUAUCAUUAAGAGGAAAUUUGGAUCUGAUGUUAUUGUUGAAUCUGUAGAAACAGGUAAGCAAUAUCGAAGAAAUGUUGCUCAUCUGAAGAAAAUUCCAAACGAUGCAGGUUCUAUAGAAAACGUACCUGACUUGCAGUCUACAAUAGAUCCAGACACAGCAGAUAGUGAAAUGGCACCCGAAAAUACAAAUCAUCAAUCGGAAGAUGGCGAAUUAGCACAACCAAGGAAACGUCAUCGGCAAGAACCAACCUGGUUCCAAAACUAUAUACCUCAUUAG